CGUCACCUGGGCCCGCUGGCACCAGAGGUGACAGCUCCGCUCUGGCUCUGCCACCUGCGCUGGCACCGAUGGCUUUGCUGGGGCUGCUCGUCCUGCUGGCCCUGGCCGGGCCCCUGGGGGCCACCUGGGACACCUGCAGAGGCACCUGCGGGCUCCGGCCCAUGGCCUUCGACCACAGCUCCGUGGUUGCUGAAUAUUCCCAGAAUAAUGACUACGAAUCCUUGGAAUCUUCCGAUGGCUCCUCCCAGGACACGGGUGGCUCUGAGGUCCACCCGGGGGCCUGGCCUGGUGUCAUCAGCGUCCAGGCCACCUGGGAGAACGGCACGUGGCACAUGUGCUCGGGGGCACUGAUCCACCCCCAGUGGGUGCUCACGGUGGCACACUGCUUCGCCAGGGCCGGGGACAUUUCCCGGUGGGAAGUGGUGAUCGGGGCCACGGAUCUGAGCCAGCCGGGCCCCGAGGCCCAGCUGCGCCACAUCCGGAGGCUGCUGGUGCACCAGUACUACGACGAGCCCACGGCAUGGAACAACAUCGCGCUGGUGGAGCUGGACCAGCCCGUGGAGUGCAGCGACUACAUCCAGCUGGGCUGCGUGCCCGACAGCUCCCUGGCAGUGACCAAGCUGAAAACCUGCUACAUCGCGGGCUGGAGCCACCCCGGACAGCGGUCAGUGCCCGCCCGGGCUCUGGGGGCAGGGACACGGCGGGCCGGGGGCUCCGCGGGGGCUCGGCCGGGCCCGGGCCUGGGCUCGGCCCCGCGGGGUCUGCCCGGGGCCACGCUCAGUGUGGUGGGACUGGCCAGCUGGGGCAAGGGCUGUGCCGGGGCCAAGCGGCCCGGGGUGUUCACCGCCACCCAGCACUUCCACACCUGGAUCCAGGUGCAGAUGGGACUGCUCCCACCAGAAGCCGACGCUCCUCCACCCGAGCCCUUCCCGAGCCCGGAGGAAGAGCCCGAGGCAGACUUGGAGGAUGAGGAGAAUCCCAACCCGGAGGACUCGGAGGAUUACACGAAGAUUUCCUUCCAACAACAGAUCCUGGGGAAAUUCCUGAACCUGCUGCUGGAGCUCCUGCAGUUCCUGAAGGGAGAGAAAGCCUGA